AAGAGAGAUAGAGAAGCAGAGACAGAGAGCUCCUCAGUUGCCUUAGCAGCGCAGCUUCAUUCCCUCACAGUCCGGUGCUGUGCGCGUCGCGCUUUACUUCACUUCACCGGGUGUUCCCUUCUUCUUCUCCUCCUCCUCCUUCUUCUUCUUCUCCUUCUUCCCACGGUCAGCCUCGUUCUCCCGUCCCUGCGAGGUGGCGUCGGGGGCUGGUUAUUUAUCGAGAUUAGUAAAAGUCCACUUUUGCCUCCCCUAAGUCUCCCCCACGCGAAGGAAAGGAUGGCUCUGGCUCUGCGGGCGGCGAACGAGAGCGCGGCGGAGGUGGUGUCGGCGGGAUGCGCCGAGCAGCGGAACCUCAGCGGGGAAGUCGGCGACUAUAACAUCAGCUGCCAGAACGUCUCCGUCCCCAGAGCAGCCAGAGUCAGAGCUCCAGGGGACAAACAGGCACUUCAUAAAGACUGGCACGAGGCGAAGGCACUGAGGCCAGCGCAUAUAAAGUUUCCCCCCCGAGGACGGCCUCAUCUGGCGUGUCCCCGCCUGGUAAUCACAGAGGAGAAGCUCCUUGUUACCUCCAGAGUUUACAGCCGGGACUUAUCUGAGAUGGACUCGUUCCGCAUCCUGCUCUACUCCCUCAUCUUCCUGCUAAGCGUCUUCGGCAACCUGCUCAUCAUCGUGGUGCUGGUGCUGAACAAGCGCAUGCGGACCGUCACCAACUCCUUCCUGCUGUCGCUGGCGGUCAGCGACCUCAUGAUGGCUGUCUUCUGCAUACCCUUCACCUUCAUCCCCAACAUCCUGGAGGACUUCAUCUUUGGGGGCGCCAUGUGCAAGACCGUCUCCUACUUCAUGGGGAUCUCCGUCAGCAUCUCCACCUUCAGCCUCGUGGCGAUCGCCAUCGAGCGGUACAGCGCCAUCUGUAAUCCGCUGAAGUCUCGCGCGUGGCAGACUCGGUCCCACGCCUACCGCGUCAUCGCCGCCACCUGGCUGGUGUCGCUGCUCCUCAUGGUGCCGUACCCGGUGUUCAGCCUGCUCAAGUCCUUCCCCAAGGCCAACGGCACCGUCACCCACACGUGCCGCAUGGACUGGCCCAGCGGGCAAGCGGAGCAGACCUGGUAUGUGCUGCUGCUGUUCACUCUGUUCUUCAUCCCGGGAGUGGUGAUGAUUGUAGCCUACGGUCUGAUCUCCAGAGAGCUCUUCCGAGGCAUGCAGUUUGAGCUGGGCCAGAGCAGAGAGACCACCGGCCAGAAGAACGGCGUGGGACGGGCCGCCGCGGGGUCCAGUAACGACGACGACGACGGCUGCUACAUCCAGGUGUCCGAAGCCCCCCACGCCGUGGAGCUGCCCACCCUCUCGGCCGCGUCCAGCGCCGCCCGGGCCAAGGCCGAGCGCGCCCGCAGCAACACCUCGGAGGCCAAGCUGCAGGCCAAGAAGCGGGUCAUCCGCAUGCUGAUGGUCAUCGUGGCGCUCUUCUUCGUCUGCUGGAUGCCGCUGUACUCGGCCAACACGUGGAAGGCCUUCGACCCGAAGUCGGCCUACGCGGCGCUGUCCGGAGCGCCCAUCUCCUUCAUCCACCUGCUGUCCUACACCUCGGCGUGCGUCAACCCCAUCAUCUACUGCUUCAUGAACUUGCGCUUCCGCAAAGCCCUGCUGUCCACCUUCGCCUGCUGCUGCCGCGGCCGCCUCUGCCGCUGGUGGUGCCAGAGGAAGGAGGGGGGCGGCGAGGACGGCAUCGGCGCCACGUCCAUGGCCACUUCCAUGGCCACGUCCAUGUCCAAGUUCAGCUACACCACCGUCAGCACCGCCGGCACCUGCUAGGCUCCGGGCGGAGCAGCCGCUUUUUUAUUUCAAGCUUCGGUUUUUCACUCUCAUUUUAGCUUUUAUGCUAUUCACGUACCACGUAAUGUUCCUGCCCUCGUUCCUUAAAAUCCUGUGUGCAUGAUUGCAGAAUGGGAGGCGGGUUCGGUGGACAUCAAGUGCCUGUGCUCUUCGUGUGGGUUUGUUUGUUCUCUGGCCGAGAGAAAUUUCAUUCAUAUAAUAGGGAGAAAUACCUUUAUGUUCUUACCGGCCAAAAAGGUUCUGAUAGAGACAUACUGAGAGAGACAAUGAGGACGGAUUACAUCAGUGAAGGAUUGGAGCUCCUUGUGUUUAGCGUGGUUUUAUCUUCACUCAUCCAGGGCGUCUUUCUCAGUUGGAAGAAUGAAGGCUACACGUGGCAACGUUAAUAUGAUAUUGUUGAGUUCCCGAUAACUGCAGGAAGUCUUUCUAUUGACACCAAAAAGUACUGACGGGAACCGUUGGGGUGAGGGACAACAUGCUUAGCUCUGACUUAAUGUUUCACUCUUUUUGAGUUACGUUUCAUCAUUUCCUGAUAUUCCUGCAUAUUUAGCACCAAAAAUGGCGCUCUGUGAUUCAGGCAGACGCAGGCGUUAACAUCGGGACGAGAUGAAGUGCAGUCAGUCUCCGUUAGAGGCUGAUUGCAGCUGCUGGUUGCUCUCCACAAAAGUGCUUCAGUCAAACACACCUUUUCUGCUCAAUUAUCUCUGUGGCGUCUUUGAUUUUCCUCUUUCUCUCUCAAGCAGCUGCAGUGCGCCGCAAUUACUCUGAGAAGUACCUGAGCACAAAGACCCUCACUUUCUCAGGCUCAGACUAACGAGGUGUUCCCGGGGAACCCGCUCGUGGCUUUUGCCCGUAGAGCCGCUGACAGAUUAUCCGAGAGCACUUCAUUGUCAUUUAUUAAUGACAACGAUGAUCUGGAGUUAAAUAGCAUCCUUCUACUCUCCGGAUUGUGACCGACGUUCGCUACGAUGAAGUACAGAGGGAUCGUAAGAAAAGAUGAAAUUAGGGUAAGAAUGGACUAGUGAACAGAAUUAUGUAAUUCUGCUUAUAUAUUAUAUUAAGACACAUAUAUUUAUGAUAAUAAAAACAUUAUAAGUGUAUCAUAUUUAAAUGUAAUGUUAUGAAUAGUAUCUCAAAUAAGCGUAUUAGGGUUUAUACAACAUUUACAUAGACAUUUUGUGCUGGUGCCCUUGGGUUUGGGUUUAAAUUCCAUGUUUUGGAUUUAGACACCAAAUCUUGUCAAAACUGGAUUUUCAAUACAGCCUCUAAAUGAGGGACAUGAUGCAUUUUCACUUGAAGAUCGCAGACAGACAAGAAUUCAUUUGAUUAUGCGAGAACAUUGAUGCCACUCGCAUGCGCUAAAUGUGAAGCUUGUGUUAGCUUAGCAUAAAGACCUGUAUCUCGUUCACUUAAAUUAAGCAUUUGUGAGAGUGAACAUUGAAAUCAUGAUUAGCUAAUUCACUGAAAUGCUUCUAACGAGCGACAAGCCGGCUAACCAAGCUAGCAGUAUAGCAGGACAGUCCUCUCUGGCUGAAGAUAACCGGCCGUUUGUUAGUGUUGCCCCAGAAGUAGCGAGCUUUUUACUGAAACUUUACAAAAAAAAUCUAAUUGAUGACAAUGAGAUGAAGCCGGAUAAAUGCACAAAUCUCCCUUCAAAUGUUUGUUGCCUCACACAACAUUUAGAAGGGUGAGAGAGUUAAAUUGGACCUGUUAGAUUCAUGAUCUAGCGGUAAGUAGCAUUGAUUUCCCGAUGUGGAAAUGAUCCAUGACACUGUUCAUGAACUCAGUCAAUUUGGCCGGUGGGACGCUUUUGUCCUGCAAGCGGUGACAUGUCAACAGCUUCGUGCAGUCAUUUCCUCCACCACUUUCAAGUUUCCUCUUUCCACGUCUCUGCAGCCACCGACACUCCACCCGCCCCCCACCGCUCACCUCGUUUUUAUCUUGCUUUUCCAGCGCAGAGGAGCAUGAAUACAUGAAUGGCAAUAGAGUGGGGGUGACAGCUGAGAUUUGCCGGCACAAGCGGCGAUCCUGAGAGAGGUUUACAAAGCGGUGGCAAGUGGGCGGGUUUGCUUUGACAGACAGACUGACAAUUGGCACUCACACUCCCGGAAACACAUCGUCUGGCGGUCGCCACUGCAGUACGUUUUUGUAAUUAAGCCAGAACGGCGAGUGAUUUCCAUAACUUUGCCGCCAUGCGGUGCGCAGCAGAACCUGCCGGUUUUAGUACGGAUUUAUUUCCCCCUUCCACUUAAAUUUGUAUUUAUUUGCAUGUUUUGUUGCGUCACACGUCUGGAGGUUCAUGAACUGCAAACAGUUAAAAGUAUGUUAAACCUUCGUUAGUUAGUAAUAAUGACGGUAAGCCUCUUAAAGCGGGUAUUAAAUCACGUCCUGUAGCUUUACAAUCACCGCUUAAUGAUUGUGCAUUAUGAAUAGACAGGGUAAAUAGUCGCUACGGUAAAAAGGGAUCUUCAUUGAAUCAGUUUCUUCACCUGACCAGGCCAGCAAGUUCAGGUAUGCAUUAUUAAAAUUAGCAUCCUCAGUCUCUUUUUUUCAUAUUUGUACUUUUAAAGUCAAGCUAGUUGCGAGUGCAAUAUAUUUCGUCACUGCGAGAUAUGCUAAUGAGUAAGAAACGGAACCCAGUUCUGUGGUAAAGUUAGACGUCAUGUCUACACACUAAAUAUGAAGCUACAGCCGACGGGCAGUUAGCUUAGCAUAGAAUAGCUUAGCAUAGAAUAGGAAGGCUGGGAAAAAACAGCUAGCCUGGCUCUUUCCAAAGCAUCUCUCAAUUAACAAAAGAAAAUUUGGAAAAAAUGUAAUUGGAAAAAUGUGUAGUUUAUAGAGAGACGUAGGCAAAUAUAUUUAAAAAAAUCUUUUAACUGUCAAAAUAACUGGAUCCUGCCUCCUAUGGUCAAGCUGAGCUAACAAGCUGCAGAUGUAAACAAUGAGAGUCGUUCACUACAAAAAGCAGUAGUAUUGCUUUUUAAUGUGUACACACACACACACACACACACACACACACACACACACACACACACA